AGGUGUCGGUGCAGCCGCCGCCAUGAGCCGGCUCGCCGCCCAGGGGCUGGACAACCCUGGCUUCACGGUGGGCGAUGAGGCGCCCGCCGCCGCCGCGGAGGCCUUCGGAAGGCCCUUCGCCCUCGACGACUCGCAGUAUGACGAGAUCGACCUCACCGACAAGAGCGGCGGCGACUCCGCGGCCACGUCCCCGGACACGGGCGAGCCGCCGCCGCCCGGCGCCGCCUCCAAGGGCGCCGGCGACACCGACGGAGACGCCCGCUGCGGCUGGUGCCUCUUCCGCCCCGGCCUGCUGCAGCGCUUCCGCACCGCCAAGUGGGUGCUCUUCUGGCUGUGCUGGGCCGGCACUAUGCAAGGGAUGGUGGUGAACGGCUUCGUGAACGUGGUGAUCUCGACGAUCGAGCGGCGCUUCGCGCUGCGCUCGACGCAGUCGGGGCUGGUAGCCGGCGGCUACGACAUCGCGUCGUUCGCGUGCAUGGUGCCCGUCACCUACCUGGGCGGCCGGCCCGGCGCCUCCAAGCCGCGCUGGCUGGGCUGGGGCGUCGUCGUCAUGGGCAUUGGCUCGCUCGUCUUCGCGCUGCCGCACUUCGCGUCGGGGCCGUACCGCGGCGCCACCAGCGCGCCCAACGUCUGCCACAACGUCACCGACCUCUACGGGGAGACGGGCGCGGUGCCCGGGUGCCCCGCGGCGGGCGCGGGCGGCGAGGCCGAGCACCUCUCGCGCUACAUGUGGGUGUUCCUGCUGGGCCAGCUGCUGCACGGCGUGGGCGCGUCGCCGCUCUACACGCUCGGCGUCACCUUCAUCGACGAGAACGUCACCAAGAAAAUGUCUUCGGUCUACCUCGGCAUCUACUACACCAUGGCCAUCAUCGGCCCGGCGGCCGGCUACGUGCUGGGCGGGGAGCUGCUGAAGGUGUACGUCGACUUCGUCACCGUCGACUCGGCCGAAAUGGGGCUGACGCCGAACAGCAACGUGUGGGUGGGCGCCUGGUGGAUCGGCUUCCUGUUCGCCGGGGCGCUGUGCCUGCUGCUCGCCGCGCCGCUCAUGGCGUUCCCGCCCGCGCUGCCAGGCGCGGCGGAGCUGCAGGCGCAGAAGGUGUCGGAGGCGCACGGCGACUCGCGCGCGCAGGCCUUCUCCAAGGUGCGCGAGCUGCCGCGCGCGCUGCGCUCGCUGCUGGGCAACCCGACCUUCUUCUUCCUGAACCUGGCCGGCGCCUCCGAGGGGCUGCUCAUCGCGGGCUUCGCCGCCUUCCUCCCGAAGCUCAUCGAGAACCAGUUCAGCCUCUCCGCCAGCCGCGCCGCGCUGCUCGUCGGCCUGAUCACGGUGCCGGCGGGCGGCGGCGGCACCUUCCUGGGCGGCUACCUGGUGAAGCGGCUGGGGCUGACGUGCUCGGGCAUCAUCAAGCUGUGCGUGACGGCGACGGUGCUGGGCGCGGCGUUCACGUCGUGCUUCUUCCUGUCGUGCCCGAACCUGCAGUUCGCCGGCGUGAACGCGCCCUACGGCAACGCGUCGGCCGGCGGCGGCGCGCCCGCGGCCACGGCAUCGCGGCGGCGCCUCGACGCGCCCUGCAACGCCGGCUGCGGCUGCUCGCCCGCGCGCUUCGACCCCGUGUGCGGCGUCGACGGCGUAGUAACUUACUCGCCCCUGCACGCCGCUGCGCGCGCGAGGCCCACGCUCGCCCGACCUCAAGGUGUUCGACGAGUGCGCGUGCGUGACGGCACCGCCGCGGGAGAUGUCACGCGAGGACGGCGGCGACGUCGUCUUCCAGGCCACCAACGAGACGUGCGCCUCCAAGUGCCCCUACAUGUGGGCCUUCGUGGUGCUCGCCUUCUUCACCAUGCUCUUCACCUUCAUGGCCACCAUGCCCGCGCUCUCCGCCACGCUCAGAUUUUAUACAAAUCUGAAUCAUUGAAAUGUGCUGUGAACAGAUGUGUGCAGGACGACCAGCGUUCGUUCGCAUUGGGCAUCCAGUGGAUCAAGGUGCGCCUUCUGGGCACUAUCCCAGCGCCAAUUGUCUUCGGGAAGCUCAUUGACGAGACCUGCCGCCUAUGGCAGGAACCCUGCCCUGGCUUUGACCCCAGUGAGGGUGCCUGCCUUGUCUACAACAACGACUUCAUGGCCAGGUAUAUGUUGGCUUUAGCUUUCAUUGGAAAGGCAGCUUCCUUAUUAUUCUUUUUCCUGGCCUGGUGGUUCUACAUUCCACCUUCCAGUCUGCGCGAGGCUCUUGCUACUGCAGGAACACCAUCGUCAGUGGAAACUCCUUCCGUUCCACCAACAACAGGCCCAGUUCUCAUGAAUGGGCAUGCAGGUCCACACGAUGAUGGAUUACCAGUUCCUGCGUAAAACAUCUCAGCACAUUGCUCAAGUUUUGCUUAAUUCUGUUUAUGAAUUUUGUGUAGUGUGUGGCACGUGACUCAUGCAUAUGAAAUUAUUGCCACAUUAAUGUACACUGAAAGUUCACAACCGAGAAGAUUACCAAAGUAUAUGUGGUAAUGGUUCAUUAUAGUGAAGUAGCAACAAAUGUUAGUAAAUGCUUGCUUGAAUUGAAUGUGAUGGCAAACCAAAGAUAAAUUACUUUUUAUCUUUCCUCAUUCAGGACCUUAUACAUUCUGUUAAUGAAGUAGGCCUGCAGUGAUGAUUAGACAAUGUUUACAAGACUUCACAUCACAAUUACGGUAACAGGAAACUAAAUGGAGAAAAGUCAGAGAUGUGUAUAGAAUUCUAGACAUUAUGAAUUUGUGAAGUAGGUAAAGGAGAAUAAAAGCAUAAUUGAAAUGAUGUUUUACAAUGCAAGUGGACAAGAUUCUUCAGUUGUGACAGAAUGUGUGUGUUUAUAUGUAUGAAAAAGAUUAAUCCUAGAAGCUGGAUGUCAGUAUUUAUUACAUAUUUGUCAUUCCUAAGGCAGUUAUAUGUAUUCUACAUUCAAUACAUGCACAGUUAUUGUGCAUUUUGUAAGUAAUGCUGGUUGGUCAAAGAGAAUGUGUAGAUAACAAAUAAAAAUUUUGUUUCUGAAUGCUUUUAGAUACUUCUGAUCAUAAGUGUCACAGACUUCAAAUUGCAGGUGAAAAAAUUGUGGAAAUUUUUGUGUAGAAUUUUUAUUUGAAGAAAAGUAUUUAUCGAACAAUAAAAUUGGAAGUUUACUUUUAUUCAGAAAUUUGCUUUAGUGAAAAGAAAUGAAGCAAAAACCACAACAGUAUGAAAGUCUGUUACCCUUUAACCUUCCAAUGCAGAGAAUAUUGCUUCAUCCAUCAUAAGAUUACUACCCUUUCAAUUUUUAAAAUAUAGUGAAAGGAAAUAUUGUGAAGUAUGGAAAUCUAUAAUUUCUAACAUUAAAUCACUGAAAAAAGUUCCUUUCUCCUUUACGGUUUUCAUAUCCCUGAUCUUGUCUGAUGAAAAAGGAUAAUUUGUAAAUCUUUUUCAGGAACUGUUAAUAUAAUUUUCACAAGAGUGUACUACAUACUUAGUCAAUCAAAAAUAACUAUUUUUCUUUUAGUUGAACGUCACUGAAUACCUGUAUUUUUCAUUGUCAAACAUUGUUUGUUUCCUAUCUAUACAUUCUGAAGCAAUCUGCUAAUUUUAAUAUACUAAUUGUAAAUUAACUUCUUUAACUGAAUUUUUUUAAUGCAAAAUUUUGCUUUACAUAAACAACUAACAUACCUUCAAAUGUAUUUGAACCAUAAAUGGUACAAAUGCAUCUCAUUUUAUGUACCUUCAGAAUACCCACUAAUGAUUGUUGUUGUUGCUGCUGUUGUUGUUGUUUUUUUCAUGAAAUACAUAAGUUUUGUGCAAAUAUUCUUUACACAAACUAAAUGUUUUUUUUGCUAUUGAGAAGUGUUCUGAAAAUGUUCCAUUUUCCGAUUGUCUUCAAUUGCUUUCAUAUUUACUGUGUUAGUACAAUUAAACCUCCAUACCUGUCUAGGUUUAUUUAUCAAGGUCAGGAUAUUAUUAUGGUCAACAAUUAGAUGUUGCAAUAUGAUUUUGCAAUGAUAUUGAAAAACAAUAAGAAAUAUCUGCAUUAUUUUGAUUUUCAAGAAUGAAAAUAUUGAGACUUAUCAUGUUUAUUUACUUAAUUUUUCACAGUUCUCAUAUCAUUGUCUACCUCUUGCUUUUCCUUUAGUCUGAAGGAUAUAGGUAAAGCCAUUGAUUACAAAUGAGCCAAAAAUACAGCUAUAUAGCAUUGUGUACACUGGCAUGGUAAUUUAUGUCCAUGCUUGAGAUCUGGUUUCCUGCUAUAUGCACUAACGUUGCAACAAUUGAAAAAUAGCUCCAAUUUGAGAUGGUUCACAUACAAAAAGAAUUUUGAUAACUGAAAGUUGAAUUGGAAAGUGGGAAAGUUGAAUUGGAAAUGUUCUGUAAUUUGAAGACAAAUGCACUGAUUUGACAUUCUGGAUUUCAGACUUGAUUGUUUUCAUAUAAAACUUGGUAAAUAUACCCUAUUUGAAAUUUCCAGAGUGAAGACUAUUUCCAAAUAUAUCUUCUGAAGCAUACUUUUUAUUGAAAUUGUUAGAGCAUAAUGAAACCUUAAAUUUAAAAUUACAACAAUAUUUUAUAUUUGUUUACAUUUGUGUGUUUCAUAAAGAAGGUAAUAAAAGAAAUCUUAAAUUCCUAGCUGUGACAUAAUAUUGGAAUGUCAAACAUUCUUCAUUUGAAGUAUAAUAAGAUUUUAAGUUUGAUUGGAAAAACUCAAUAUAAUAAUUUAUGUGUUUUACAAAGCUAUUAUUCUUUUCUCGUUAUACUGUCUUCCCAAAAUAUUUUCCAGUUCAAUGGCAGCUCUAGACUAACAAAAGACACCAUGGAGACAUAUCUUAUAUUUUAUUUUUCAUCAAGGAAUCUUGAUCUAUUCUUAACGAUAGUUCCAACCAGAGUACUUUGCAUGUAAUGGAAAAAUUAUGGACAAGUGAAAAUAUUGUAUUUAAAUUCAAAACUUCCUUAUAGAAAUUAUAUUUGACAGUGCUUAUCAUCAGUAUUCUUAUAUUGGUGUCAGUCAUGUAAAUCCCCAAAUUGUGUAUAUAACUUCACAUUUACAUUCCAUUUUUAGUACGCUUUUGACACAAAUGAGAGUUUCACGUUUAAAUAUUCAAUAGUAUGCUGACUUUAAAAAAAAUUCAUCACAUUCAUGGAAUUCAUUCUGUUUUGCCACUCUGGUAAUUCAUAAUAAUACCAGUUUAAGAGAUUUGAAUUGUAGUUUUGGUGUACUAAUUACAGAGUAUUAAAUUUUUGGUAUUUUUAAUGUUUGGUUUUUAAAAUGUGUACAAAGAUCAGACAUGCUUGUUAAAAAUCAUGUUUUUGCAGCAAUUUUGAAUGUUGUCCAGUAGAUGAUCAAAAAUUGGUUAAUUCCACUUUCACGCUUUAAGAUACUGAAAAAAAUAUUAAGUCCUAAUCCUUGGCAAUAAAUUUCACUCAUAGAGUAAUAGUGAGAGAAAAAUUAAUCUUGCUUUUUCAACUUAGUGAUGAUGUUUCUAGAAUUAAACACUUUGUUUGGUCUAUGUCUCAUAUAACUUUGUUAUUGUUAAAACUAUAUCUGUAGAACUACGAUGUGCAUCAAUGAAACAUAAACUUAACCCUGAGAUUGUGUAGAUGUAAAUUAUAACAAUUUUGUGAUAGAUCCUAUCGAUUCCUAUUACACAUUGUCAAGUAGCUCUCUUUGUACAAUAGUUAUGAAUAUAAUUCAAAUCAUACUCGUAAAAACUGAUGUUUUGUAAUGAUAUGUCAGUGUGUUUUAAAUGAGGAAACUUUCAGUGUAUUGCUAUAUUUUUCACUAUUAAGAAUGUG